CGCAGUGCGGCAGUGAGGUUGGUGCCGGUGCCCAUUGAUGUCUGCGGGCUGCAACCGAGGCCUGAACCCCCUCGCUCUGGUGUCAGCCUCGCUCUGGUGUCAGCCUCGCUCUGGUGUCAGCCUCGCUCUGGUGUCAGCCCCGCCCCCUCCCCAGGCCACGCCCACCAUGGGGCUGCUCUCGGACCCUCAGUGCCGCCGUGCGCUUGCGCGGAUGCUCGUGCGGCUCAACACACCCCUCUGUAUCCUCAGCUAUGCUCUAGGGCUGCUCUGGUUCAUGGCCCUGCCCCCAUUGGCCCCAAGGACCCACAUGUCUGAGAACGCAAUGGGGUCAACUAUGGUGGAGGAGGGAUUUGAACUGGGGGACAGAGCAGUGGGACUGGGAAGGGAGUUUGGGGUCCAGAAGGACAGAGUGGGGGGGAUUCCUGUGUCCUGGUUGGUCAGGACCAUGUGGGGUUUGGGGCUGGAGGUUCAUGAGCAGCAGUUCUCAGUGCAGCUGCCGUUCCCUGAUGAGAGCAGGGAGAGAUACCUCGUUCGCGGCACCAACGUCUAUGGGAUCCUGAGGGCCCCAAGAGCCUCCAGCACCGAAGCUCUUGUGCUGAGCGCAGGAUGUGUCCCUGGGCCCCACAACAACCAGGCUGUGGGGCUGCUGCUGGCGCUGGCGGCUUACUUCAGGGGGCAGAUCUAUUGGGCCAAGGACAUCAUCUUCCUCAUCAAUGAACACGACCUGCUGGGGAUGGAGGCCUGGCUGGAGGCUUAUCAUGAUGUCAACAGCUCCGCCUCCCAUUCAGCCCCAUUGGGCCGCGCUGGAGCCAUCCAGGCUGCAGUGUCACUGGAGCUCAGCAGUGAUGUCCUCACCAGUGUGGAUGUGGCACUGGAGGGACUGGACGGGCGACUGCCCAACCUGGACCUGCUCAGUCUGACCAGUGCUGCCUGCGCCAAGCACGGGCUGCUCUGCACCCUGCAUGGCAAGCUCCAGCAUCCGGCUCCAUCGCUCCCUGGGGGCCUCCAGCGCCUGCUGCUCAUGGCUCUGGCUCAGGCCUCGGGGCAGCCUCGAGGUGACCAUGGGCUGUUCUUCCGGUACCGGAUCGAGGCUCUGACCCUCAGGGUCAUCAACAGCUUCCGGCAGCACAAGGAUGACCUGCGAGCGCUGGGGAGGACACUAGAGGGGAUGUUCCGGAAGCUCAACAACCUCCUGGAGCGUCUCCAUCAAUCCUAUUUCCUGUACCUGCUUCCCUCCAUCUCCUGCUUCGUGUCCAUUGGGAUUUACUUCCCAGCGCUGGGAUUCCUGCUGCUGGUGCUGGCGCUCAGGUCCCUUGACCUCUGGAUGAAGCUGACGCGGUCGGAGCCAGGGAACACUGAGGAGCUCAACACUGGUAACACCAUAACCAGCAACACCAACACCGGCAACACCAUAGAGGUGAAUGAGAACCCCCCUAUCCCCCCACCCCCGGCACCGGCGCCGCGGUUGUUGGCUCUGGUACCACCAGUGCCGGCCCCGCGGCUGUUACCCCUCCUCCCCCCUCUGCUGGUCUCUCACUUCGCGGGUGUUGCUCUUUACACCCUCCCAGUGCGAGGCCAGAACCUGGCGGCAAAACACUUCCCAGUGGGGGAGGGGGAAGCUGUUGUCCUGGCGCUGACAGGGAUCUACAUAGCGGGGAUGGCUCUGCCCCAUAGCACACACAGGGUGCUGGGCGGCCCUGGCUCCGCCGCAGCCUCCAGGGCCUGGAUGGUCCUGAAGCUCUUGGCCCUACUGGAGCUUGGGGCUCAGCUCUUGGCUCUGGCUCUGCUCAACUUCUCCCUUGGCUUCCUGCUGGCAGUGACCAUGGUGCCGGCGGCAGCCGCGGUGGCACCCACCGGGCCCCGUCCGCUCCAGGUGCUGUUACUGGUUCUGGCCUCCCCAGCCGUGUCCCUACUGGUGGCAGUGGCAGCCGAGCGGGAGCUGCAGGAGGCUCCAGCUGCACCAUGGGAGGAUUGGCAGCGGCUGCUGACGGCUCUAGCGCAGGGUCUGCUCCUGCACCACACACAUGGAGCCUUCCUGUGCCCCCUGCUGGCGAUGGGCACAUACCCCUGCUGGCUGCUGCUCUGGAACGUGCUGUGCUGGGGGACAUAGAGACACAUAGAGACACAUAGAGACACAUAGAGACACAUAGAGACACAUAGAGACCAUAGAGACCCAUAGAGACAC